CAGUCACCGGGUCCUCCGUGAGUUUCGCUGCAACACGGUGGUUCACACACUACAGACAGACAGACGCGGCUGGACGGCGGAGCGCAGCACACGUCAGCCCAGCACCCAGGAAGCAGGCGUCUGAAUCCGGGUAGUUGUACCGAUGUGACAGCGGGAGGGCGCGUGAGGGAAGCUGCCGCGUGGAGCUUUUGAACUGCUGCAGGUUGGCGCAGUUGGUGUUCAUCCGGAGGACAUAUAUCUAUAUAUAUACAUAUAUAUUUAUAUAUAUGUAUAUAUACACACACAGCCGGACAUGGCCCAUUGGUGUCGGUCUUCACUGCUUUGGAUUUAGUUCCGACGCGGCACAGCCCCGCGCCUCCUCCCUCCUCUCUCCCUACCAGCCGGUGAAGUGAGGACGCCGAGAACAGGUGGAUCCUGUUUCUGUGUUCACCCCGAAUCCCCGCAGCAUCCACCUGUCACCUUUAUGGGGAACCAGGUGGAGAAACUAACGCAUUUGAAUUACGCAGAGGUGCCGACGGCCGAUCCGAAUGGACUCGAACCGGACGACGCGGGACCGCGCAUCGGCGUCUCGUACAUUUUCUCCAACGACGACGACGACCAGGACGACCACCACCCCUCGGACCGCUUCGCACCGGACAAACAGCGGGCGAGCCACGAGGAGAAGCCCUUCGACCCCCGGGACGAGCUGGCGUGCGCGAUUUACUACCGGGAGGAGUGCGUCCACGAGAUGAGCGCCGGAGCCGCAGCUCACUCGGCGGAGAGCCUCCUGAACAAGUGCCGACCGGGAGACCUGCUGGAGUUCGUGGCCACCGGGCAGUACCCUCACUGGGCCGUCUACGUGGGGGACUUCCAGGUGGUCCACAUGCACAGGGCCGAGAUCAAGAACAACUUUCUCACCGACGUGAGCCAAGGUAAAAAAGGCCGGGUGGUGAACGGCCUCUACAGGUACCGUGCGCUCCCUCCGGAGGUGGUCGUGCGCAACGCCCUGGACCACGUCGGGACCAGAGACCGGGAGCUGUACUGGAGGAACUCCGAGUGCUUCGCCGCUUGGUGCCGCUUCGGCAAACGGGAGUUUAAAAUCGGAGGGGAGAUACGGAUCGGGAAGCAGCCGUACAGGUUGAAAUUGCUCUUCUCGGAGAAGAAGAGCCACGUCCUGGAGUUCCAAAGCCUGGAGGACGUGAUCAUGGAGAAGCGGAGGAACGAUCAGAUCGGCAAAGAUGCCGUGAUGCAAGAGCUGGCCAACCACUUGAACACAGCGCACGAAAACAUCGAGGUGCGUGUUGUCAACUGACGGUGGAUGCUGUGGUCAUCACCGGGUGCGGGUUGGAGCUUCAGCCCAAAAGGAUGUGCUCAAUGUGGGGGGGAAAGCACACUUUUCAUGCUGGAAAACCCCCAAAUGUGUGUGUGUUUGGGGGAGCAUUUACCCCCCCCCCCCCAGUCAACUAUUAAGAGAUGUAAACAAAACACAAUCCUAACAGGGAGUUACAACUUGAACGUUUGCUUCCUCCACAAUGAGAGGAACAUCUGGGGGUGGACACUUGUUUCUCACUCAAGUGCAAAGGGCCAGAUGUUAAUCCCCACGAGUUGAUUCACUUUGGAAAAGAAGUGAACAUCGAAGUGGCAAAAGUCCACCCUGUCGUCUGAGAACAAUUAUGAUAUGUACACGCUAGACCCCCAAGAUUAAAGUGACUUGUUAUGAUGGAUUCAUUUGCAUCGGAGCUGCGCCUGCAGUCUAAUCAUUUGGGGGUGAAGUCAGAAUUGAAUUGCCCAUAAUUAAUGUUUCUAAUCCAAUGAAUCUUUUGCACAGGAGGAACAACCCCUCCUCCGUUGUACUUUGUAUACCUGAGCAGAGUGCUGAAAGCGCUCGCUCCUGCACAACUCAGGUGACGGCGAUCAAUACAGAUAAAUACUUUUGCUUUUUAUUAUUGUGAGCCAGCCUUGAGGGUGCCCUUCUGUUGCUUUGUAUCGUCACUCGGCUUCACCCCACUCCUUGACCACGGCUGCACUUUGACUGAGUCACCCAUUUUAAACAGUUUAUUUUUUUUGAAAGAGAGAGAGAAAAAAAGAAGAUGUUUGUAUGAAGGAAUA